CUCGCCUUCUCCUCUCCUCGUCUCCAGCUCCAACUAACCUUUGUUGUACAUAAAAAAGGAAGAUAUAUCCCCCGUCUGGCAGCCUGCUUGCUUCCCGACUUCUUAAUUCUGCUUUGAAUUCGUGAUUUCACUCUAUUUGGCUGGUCGAAUUCCGGUUUCGUCUUACAGCUUCGCCGUCCGCGCCGCGUGGGUUUCGUCUGCUGUGUUCGUUCUUGAUUUGCCGGUGACAUCUCCGAUUCGGGGCUUGCUCCUUUUCUUUCUGGCCCAGUUCAUCUGCUGGUUUGGUUUCGGCGUGCCGAUGAUGAUGCAAAAGCAUCGGUGAAUUCUGGAUGAAUGCGCUUGCGCACCACCAGUGCGCACACCUCUCGUGAUAUCCACUGCGUAAUACUCUGAGGCACACAUCCUUUGGAUUCGUGAUUUCAUUUUAUUUGGCUGGUUGAGUUCCGGUUUCGUCUUUCAGUCCCGCGCUGCGUGAGUUUCGGCUGCUGUGUUCGUUCUUGAUUAUGCCGGCGAGAUCUCCGAUUCGAGGCUUGCUCCUUUUCUUUCUGGCCCAGUUCAUCUGUUGGUUUGGUUUCGGCGUGCCGAUGAUGAUGCAAAAGCUUAGGUGAAUUCUGGAUGAAUGCGCUUGCGCACCACCAGUGUGCGCAGCUCUGGUGAUAUCCACUGCGUAAUACUCUGAGGCACACAUCCAUCCAUCUUGGUUUCUUUUCCGGCCUUGUUUUCAAGGCCGAUUCGAGACGCUAGAUUACCUUCUUUGGACCUCAAUUGGUCUCGGACAGACUUGCAAAAUGCCGGCCUUUUUUUCUGAUCUUUUUUGCUUUGCAUAACUACCGAACUCUUGCACACGGAUAUCAGCGACUGAGAUUUUUCGCAGCACAGGGGGAAAUGGGUACCGAGCUGGUUACGGCCGUAAGUGUCCUCACAAGGCAUUCAGAUUUUAAGAAUGGGCUAGAAGAACCAUCAAAGUUUUCCUCCCUUAGAACUGAGGAAAGAUCUUGUUCUUGAUAGGUUCGUCUUGGUUGGGGCUGGUUCUAAAUAUUAAAAAAAAAGAUUAAAUAAGAUCUUUAAGAUAUCUUAGUAUUUGAUUCAUAUCAGAAAUUGUCAAGUGGCAUUUUAGAGGGACUACAGUUUUACUCUCCGGUUUACUCACGUGACACAGUUAUAUAUUUCCUCCGUCCCAAAAUAAGUGUCUUAACUUGAGACACUUAUUUUUAGACGGAGGGAGUAAGUUAUAUUUGCAUAGUCUAUUGCAUUGUUACAUUUUUACACUGUGUUGUUCACAGGUUUGUACUUUGUUUCUUGUCUAACAGCAGGUGAUCAAGUUUGCUCUGUUUUGAGGUGGGUUAUGGUGAAGGGGUCAUGGAGUACUCACUGCCAGACUCGUUAGUGUCCAACAUUUUAACCGUUAGAUUAAUGAGUAAGGUAACUAGGAUAUAGUUGAACCUGUGGUUUUUUUUUGUGGGAACCUGUGGUGUUGGGAUUAUGAUCGAUGCGUCGAGCAGAAACCGUGAUACAAAGUCAUGCAGUGAUGACCUGUUUCAGAACAGUUGUCAGGUAAUGUUGUACCGGUAGCCAAGGCACAUUCUAGUAGUGUAUGUGUCUGUAGUGAUCUGAUAGCAUGUGUGGGCUGGCCAAGUUGUCUCUACUGCCUGCUUCCUCUGGUAUUAGCAUGUUUUCAGUUCUGGUAAAACUGUUGUUGGAUCUCUCUAACAGAGCCUAGUAAGCUAUAGAUUUUAGAAAGGAAUUUUGAUGCUUCCUUCAGGUGCAAAACGCUCCGUGGAUUUGAGAGUAAGGAUCGGUCAAUGAAGCAGAUUAUGCUGCUGAUCAAUGCCGGCAAAUUGACAGCUUGCGUACAGUUCAUAUUCUUGUUUAAAGGAUGAGAAUCAUAAUUUUGUGUUUUUCGUUCGGCAGCAGUUCUAAAAAUUAACUUUGUAUGUGCAAAAUAUAGAGUACUGGGGGCUGAUAAUAGAACAUGCAACACCAAUGACUCCGUGGCCCAAUGGAUAAGGCGCUGGUCUACGAAACCAGAGAUUCUGGGUUCGAUCCCCAGCGGAGUCGAUUCCUUUUUCUUUUUCUUUUGCUCCUGCCGCCAUUUUUUCAUUUUUUUUGCUGGGUGAAGCGGAGAAGACGAGAGGAGAUGGCGGCGAAGGAGGCCGAUGGGGACCACUUCAUCGAGAUGGUGUCGGCGGGUGCGCUUUACCGCGGCGGCGAAUGGGAGCGCAAGUACUGGAGCUGCUCAAGGGGCAAGGAUCGCCACCCGUACCCGGUGGGCUAUCACGCCGUCCGCCAUUUCUCCGGGAUAUCGUACGCCAUGGAGAUCCGGCAAGGACCCAGAGGGCCUGUAUUCCAGGUCACAUCCACCGAGGGAGAUUGCGCGACAGGGCAGACACCGGACAUAGCUUGGAAGAACUUCCAUAAGAAGACAGGGGCCAAAGUCAGGGACUGGCAGAGGGCGGGGAGCUUCCCUCAGAAGAUUGACGGCGUCGAGCUUUUUGGGUUAAAAAAUGCAUCUGUUCAGAGACUGCUUCGUCAGCUUCUAGUAGAUUCGACUGGAUUUGGAAUAGACAUGCCUUCUCCAAAAAUUUAUGGUGCUGCUUCACCGUCAACUGAUACGGUUGCAGCUGAUGUUUCUGAUGAUCAUGAAGAGCAGCAUGUUUUUUUUUGCGGGAACCUGUGGUGUUGGGAUUAUGAUCGAUGCGUCGAGCAGAAACCGUGAUAGUACAAAGUCAUGCAGUGAUGACCUGUUUCAGAACAGUUGUCUUUUGCCGUCUGGUAAAAUUUUGGUGGCAGCCGUUGAUUGGUGAAAAUAAAGUGUCAGGUAAUGUUGCACCGGUA